UUAAACAAAAAUAAAAAUGUUGUGGUAAUAUUUAUCUGGGCAUUGUCGGAAGUGGCAACCUUGUAUCUAUGUGGGGACCCAAGAGGUUGUGCGAAUUUGUGUCUCUUACAGAGAGGCGCUCUGUGUGGGUCUGUGACUGGGGAGAGGGGUCUGCAGAUCUGUGUCCCUCUGGGGGCUCCGUGCAUCUGUGCGUGCUUGCACGAUUGGCUGUAAUUAUCCGUGUCUGUGACCAGGCAACGGAGAGAGGUGGUUCAGAUGCUGGAGCCCAAUGUCAGGAUUCAUCCUGUUGUGUGACCUUGGGCCCAAACUCUCUGUGCGUCGGUUGCCUUAUCGAUAUUAGCAGUGCCUCGUGGUGGUGUUAUGAGAAUAAAACGUGGGGAUAUACGUAAAGUGUUUAACGCGGUGGCUGGCGCAUAGUGAGGGCUGUACACUCUGGGUACGCCGUUCUUGUGGGGAGGCUGUGUGUAUGGCUGUGUGCGCGUGCGUAGAUGGGUGAGGGCCGGAGGUGUGUGUACGUGGGCAGGUGGGUAUCCUUGAAGAGGUAUGUGUGGAGAAGAGCUCAGAGUCUCUGUGAGGUGCUGUGUGUAGGCGAGGUAAUGUGCGCGUCCAAGAAUGUGUCAGGAGGGCUGUGUGAAUCUGGGCGUAGGCCCCGUGUGCCAUUUGAGACGUGUGUGUGUCUUCCUGUGAGAAGACUUCCAUUCUCACCCUGCAACCUUUGUCUUCAUCUUGUCCCCAUCUGUCCCCUCAGUGCCUGAAAUCCUUUCCCUCCCUGGGCCCUGGGUGGCCUCACCCUCUGCCUAUAUUCUCUCCCCGGCCCUGAGCAGCCUUCAGUGUCCUGGAGCCGUUCAGUGGUUGCGCCCCAGGGGAGGGGUCCCGAGGUGAAGAUCCGCAGCAAUGGCUUAGUGAGCACGGGCUAUUUUAGGGCUCUUACCACAGCCCGCCUUCGCAGUUCACCAGAUGGGUGUCCCUCCCCUACACACACAGGGGAACAGUUACGGUGAAGAGUGAGAGGUGCUGGUAGGUCUAGAGUGGGGGUCGGGGCACUGAUGUGACAGAGCCAUCGGCUAGGCAGCUGGAUCUGGUGGAGCCAGGAAGCCUUCCUGGAAGAGGUCUCUGGCCCCUCCCGAGGACCAUGCCGCAGCCCCACUGACCCAGGAGUAGGGGCCUGAGGGCAGGGCACCUGGAAUGGGCUGUGUGUUCUGCAAGAAGUUGGAGCCGGGGACCAAGGAGGAUGUUGGCCUGCAAGGGGACUUCAGGGGCAGUGGGGCUGUGGACCACUAUGGCCCUGACCCUACUCAGGCCCGGCCUGUGUCCUCCUUUGUCCAUAUCCCCAACUACAACAACUUCCCCAGUCAGUCCACCAGCACCCCCUUCCUCGAUGGGGGCGUCAUCAGGGGCAUCUCAGGGGCUGGGGUGACCCUGUUCACCGCUCUGUAUGACUAUGAGGCCCGGACAGAGGAUGACCUCACCUUCACCAAGGGUGAGAAGUUCCACAUCCUGAAUAACACUGAGGGUGACUGGUGGGAAGCUCGGUCUCUCAGCUCUGGACAAACUGGCUACAUUCCCAGCAACUACGUGGCCCCUGUGGACUCCAUCCAGGCUGAAGAGUGGUACUUUGGAAAGAUCGGGAGGAAGGAUGCGGAGAGGCAGCUGCUCUCCCCGGGGAACGCCCGGGGGGCCUUCCUCGUUCGUGAGAGUGAGACUACCAAAGGUGCCUACUCCCUGUCCAUCCGAGAUUGGGAUGAGGCCAGAGGCGACCAUGUGAAGCAUUACAAAAUCCGCAAGCUGGACACGGGUGGCUAUUACAUCACCACACGGGCCCAGUUCAACUCAGUGCAGGAGCUGGUGCAGCACUACGUUGAGGUGAACGAUGGGCUAUGCCACCUGCUCACAGCGGCCUGCACCACCAUGAAGCCGCAGACAAUGGGCCUGGCCAAGGACGCCUGGGAGAUCAGCCGCAGCUCCAUCACGCUCCAGCGCCGGCUAGGCACCGGCUGCUUCGGAGACGUGUGGCUGGGCAUGUGGAAUGGCAGCACGAAGGUGGCGGUGAAGACGCUGAAGCCGGGAACCAUGUCCCCGAAGGCCUUCCUGGAGGAGGCGCAGAUCAUGAAGCUGCUGCGGCACGACAAGCUGGUGCAGCUGUACGCCGUGGUGUCGGAGGAGCCCAUCUACAUAGUGACAGAGUUCAUGUGCCACGGUAGCUUGCUGGAGUUCCUCAAGGACCAGGAGGGCCAGGAUUUGACCCUGCCCCAGUUGGUGGACAUGGCAGCGCAGGUAGCUGAGGGCAUGGCCUACAUGGAGCGCAUGAACUAUAUCCACCGCGACCUGAGGGCAGCCAACAUCCUUGUUGGGGAACGGCUGGUGUGCAAGAUCGCUGACUUCGGGCUGGCCCGUCUCAUUGAGGAUAAUGAGUACAACCCCCGGCAAGGGGCCAAGUUCCCUAUCAAGUGGACAGCCCCAGAGGCUGCUCUCUUUGGCAGAUUCACCAUCAAGUCAGAUGUGUGGUCCUUUGGGAUCCUGCUCACUGAACUCAUCAGCAAGGGCCGAGUUCCCUACCCAGGCAUGAAUAACCGGGAAGUGUUGGAACAGGUGGAGCACGGGUACCACAUGCCAUGCCCUCCGGGCUGCCCAGCGUCCCUGUACGAGGCCAUGGAGCAGACCUGGCGUCUGGACCCAGAGGAGAGGCCUACCUUCGAGUACCUGCAGUCCUUCCUUGAGGACUACUUCACCUCCACAGAACCCCAGUACCAGCCUGGGGAUCAGACAUAACCUGUUUGAGCAUCCGUCACCUUUCUAGGGUACCCACCAAUCCCUUCCAAUCCCCAGGGCUCCGGUCCCAAAGCCCCAGGCUUAGAACCCUACAGGGUCCUAGUAGGUCAGAGCAACCUGCUUGCUCUGACACCAUCGAGGCCAAUCCACUUAUUUUAAAGGUGGGGUAAAUCGAGGCUUGGAGAUCAUCCCUCACUCUGGCCCCAAGCACUGUUUCCCCCCUUCCCACUUAGACCCCUACCUCCCAACUCUCUUCCCACCUCUCCUCUAACAGAAAUGCUUAGACUUAGUCUAGUUAUUUAUAAAACUGUAUAUCCUUUCCCUCAUUUUCCUCCUAUCCCUGUUUUUUUACCCUGUAAUUCCGCCCUGAAUUCACCUCCAACUCAAUUCUCUUGUGUCUGUAUUUUGCAAAGACAGGGAAAGUCUUUCCUGCUGGGUGGACACUGUAGUCCGGGACCGGGGUCCAAGCCCAGGGUGAGGGAGAGGCUUGCUGAGGGCUCACCACCUCUCUGAAUCAUAUGUGUGUUUAUUGAUUUUGUAAAUAAGAAAAGUGAUAAUAUGAA